AUGGAAGGCAAAGAGCUGCACCAGUUCAUUUGGAAUACAUGGAUGAAAACAGCCAAGCACAAACGGCUGUUUAAAAUGGGGUUCAAGAUCAAACACAGACCAACUGGUGGCUUGAGAUCGUGGAAUCCUGAAACAGCUUACCUCACUAGAUGUGAUUUUAACAACAACUCAAGACCAUUUUGUGACUGGACCCAACCUUGCACUGUGAACCAGGGAGUAUGGAUACGAACCAAGCAUGAGACUCCGACUGAUGGAACAGGUCCUGAUGGAGACUAUCCUGAUGGAAAAGGCUAUUUCAUCUACCAAGAAGCAAGUAAUCUGAUCCCAUUCGACACUAACAGGCUUGAGAGCCCAAAUAUUGUGGUUUCUGAAAAAAUAUGCAUAGACUUCUGGUACUAUAUGUUCGGGUCAGAAGACAGGAAUGAACUGAGAGUGCUUAUACAAGACAGCACAGGGGAGUUUAUGGCAUGGAGUCGGAAGGGAAACCAAAGUUCCUCUUGGAUUUAUGGUGCUGUCACACAUACUUUUCCAGCACAGAGAAAGAUAAAGGUCAUUUUUGAGGCUGUCCGAGGACUGACAGAGUAUGCAGAUACGGCACUGGACAAUGUCAGAGUAAGAGAUGGAUCCUGUGAUGCAGUCAGCACUCCUGUACCACCAACACCUACACCAACAGUACCUGUGCCACCUCCUGUGACAGAAGCAACUUGCAGUAUACAUGGAGAUCCUCAUUAUUUAACAUUUGAUAAGCAGCGCCAUGACUUCAUGGGCACCUGCACCUACACCCUCUCCAAGCUGUGUGAGAACAACAGCUCGCUGCCCUACUUCAACGUGGAAGCGGCCAACGAACACAGAGGAAGCAACACUCGCGUGUCCUAUGUCCAAUCCAUGGACAUUGAUGUUUAUGGCUACAGGAUCAAUCUGGGAAAAAACGGAGUUGUUAAGGUUGAUGGAGUCAGCCAGGUACUCCCUCUGACCUUGGCGAAUAGUGUCAGCAUUUCCUUCAGCGGACAAUAUGUUGUGGUUACCACUGACUUUGGGCUGAAGGUCAAGUUUGAUGGAGAUCACAGAGCAGAAAUCACUCUUCCCAGUACCUAUGUAUCAAAAGUCUGUGGAAUAUGUGGAAAUUAUAACGGGGACAAAAAAGAUGACUUCCUUAACCCAGAUGGAGGGAUGGAAACAGACUCGGCCAGCCUUGGAAACAGCUGGCAAGUUUACAAUGACUCAAGGUGCUUGCCAGAUGAUGGCCAUACCCCAAAUUGCACUGCUGAUGAAAAACAUAUGAUCCAAAGCAGUGAAUACUGUGGUCUGAUCACUGAUCCCAACGGCCCAUUCCAGAAUUGCCACUCAGUAGUUGACCCACAGAGUUAUUCUGAAGACUGCCAGUAUGAUCUCUGUGAGCUUCAUUUGAGCAGUGAAGCCCUCUGUCAAAACCUGCAGGCUUAUGCAGAUAUGUGCCAAGCUGCAGGAGUCCAGCUGACACCGUGGAGAAACGCAACCUUCUGCCCACUCACCUGUCCAGCCAACAGCCACUAUGAGCCCUGUGCUGCAGCCUGCCCUGCAACAUGUGUUAAUCCGGUGGCACCAUACAACUGCAGUUUGCCAUGCGUGGAGGGAUGCGUAUGUGACAGCGGGUACCUGCUCUACAACAAGCAAUGUGUGCCCAGCCAGCAGUGCGGCUGCUGGCACAACGGGCAGCACUACCCGGUGGGCUCCGAGUUCUGGACCGACAACACCUGCUCGUCCAAGUGCACGUGUCCCACGCGAGGAGGCAAAGUGCAGUGCUCCAGUGCGUCGUGCCCUGCAGGCCAGUUCUGUGGAGUGCAGAACGGGAAACCCGAG